CGAGCUGUACUCGAAAUCACAAUGUAUAACUUUUUUUUUUUCAUUUUCAGUGUUUUGGAAUUGCCUGGCCAUCGAAUCUUCCGUCGAAAAUGGAGCGACUUUUUCCGAUACACAGCCGUCGUUGUUUUUAUCAUUGAUCUAUCCGAACUCUGUGAUUCUGCCUUCUAUACGGGUCAUCUGAAAAACAAGACGGUAUCCAUCUACGAAAACUUAGUGAAAAAUGAUCUUCUCAGUAACGUUGGAUUCAUUCUCUUAUUUAAUAAAAAAGACACUUUUGAUGAUAUGGCUCGUGGAUUCGAUUUCAAACCGCUGUCAGCAAACGUAAGUCUUUCUUUCUGUUCGUUUCUCUUGAUUUCAUGUAUAAUAGUGCAACACAGCUGCAGAAUUCAGUAG